AGCCGGUUGUUGCGUCUCGUUGUUUUUGAAACGUCCUUUUUAAUCAGGUCGCGUCACGCUCCCGGGGCCUCCCGGUGCCACCGGGCCGGGGGGGGCCGCAGAACCGGGGGGGGUCGAGCUCUCUGCCCGGGGAAUGGCACCGGCUCCACGGCACCGACAGUUCCCCCCCAGCCUGGAGCUCUGUCCCCCCCCAGCUCAGCUCCUGGGGACAGUCCUGGCCUCAGUGUCCCCGCGGGGAUCCCAGGGACCAGUGGGUGCCGCUGCCACCGGGUUUGACACCCGGGCGAGCGUCGCUGCCACGUUGGCCGUGCCCGGUGUGACAGGAGUCGGGGUCAGCCCCGGGCUCGGUGUCACCCACCAUCACCGAGGUUCCCAAUGCUGCCAUCCCCAGGCUCCUGCCCCUUGCCCUCGUCACCUCGCCCGGCUCCGGUUUCGUGCCGUGGCCCAGUUUCAGCUCCGCACUGGGUGGCUCAGGGCGGGGGGAGCGGGGCCGCAGGAGCCCCGGUGCGGGUGGGGGGUGAUGGGUGGCCGUGGGUGGCCAUGGAUGACCAUGGAUGGCCGGUGUCCACAAUGCACCUGGCACUGCCAACGGCGGUUCUGGCCUCUGCAGGGCCUGGGCUGUCCCUGGAGCAAGGGUGACAUUCCCACCUUGGUGGCUUUCAUUUUCUCCUGGCCCCCUCCCCAGCCUGGCACGUACCCAGACCAUCCCAGCCCACCUCAGUCUGCAACCUGCAGCCGCCACCUGCCCGGUUCUGGCACGUCCCUUGGCUGCCUCCUCUGACCUCCAAAGCCGGCAGCGCGUUCCUGGCCGGCGCAUCGCGCACCGGGUGCGACCGGAAAGGCUUUUCCUUAUCCAGCCCCGCUGCUGCCGGUGUCCCCACGCCCGGGGGUCCCAGCUGGGUCAGGGUAGAGGCCGGUUCAUGGCUCGGGGGAGGUGGCUCCGGGUCCAUCCUGGGGUGUCUGGGAGCCACGCGCGUGUGGCAGCUGCGUCACCGCCCAUACGGGUUUCUCCAGUGGAUGAAUCACCGGUGGCCCUGGCCAGGCUCACUGGCCCCUCUGGCCCCUGCCAGGGCAGCAGCUGAGGCGGGCGAGGGUGUGAUGAAAUUCGGGUUUCGACACGGGCUGUGCCACCAGGCUGCUGCUGAAGCGCCGAGUGCGGCAGCCUUGGCCCUUCCGGAGAGGUCGGAGCCACCUUGGCCAGCGGUGGAUUUGGCAAGCGGUGGCAGCUCCGGGGGAGUCCUCACCUCAUCUGCUGGGCUUGCAGGGUCUCAGCCCCCCAUGACCCCCUCAGCUUCCUCCUUGUGGCCUGAAGUUCGAGGCAGCAUUUGGGGUUCCUGGAGGAUGGAUGUCAGCGGUUCCUGCCUGGGAGAGCGCUGGGGCUUCAGCUCCUGCUUGCUCCCAGCAAGGCUCUGGCCUCAAAGCCUGGAGCUGUGCCUGGGGGAUGGGGUGUGGGCUCCCCUCCACCUUAGGGACACCACAGGGUCACUCCUGUGCCAGCUGGGUUAUGCUGGGUCCUCAAGGGGUCACAAAGCUGUUUUUGGGGGGGUCUGUGUGGCUCCUUGGCUGGGAGCCCCCAUGGUCUCACCCCGGGAUGGUGGCACAGGGUGAUCACACCUUGGCCAUGGCCGUCCCUGGGGACGCUGGUGACAGCUGUGCUCAAGCAGGUGGCAGCUCGUCCAGCUGGGGUUGCUGGGCCUGAGCCAGAGCGCAGCACAGGUGGCAUUUCAGUCCUGAGGGGUUUCACUGUCACUCCUCACCCUGCCCAGCCCUCAAGCCCUGGGCUGGGGACCACAGGGAGAGGGGACAGAGGGUCAGUGGUGGGUGGGUCACCACACUGGCAGCCCCAGUCCACGCCAGUGACUGACCCUGUGCAUCUUGUACCCCGUGCAGAAAUGGAAACAAACAACCAUUUUAACUUCACUGGCCUUUCCUCUGCACCCGCUGCCUCAGGACCGAAACCCACGCCUGCCUCAGGGGACCCCCCCUUCGCCCACAGCUCCCCGCUCGGCUUCCCCCCACAAGGGAAAAGUCUGAACGGGGGCAUGAAUGUCAAUGGCUUCUCUACUGUAUCACACCCCGGUACUUCAGGGACCUUCUCGCCGGGCUCCGCGCCCGCCGGGGCCCAGCCCCUCCGCGCCUACGACUGCCUGUGGGACUACGCGCCCUACGCGCCCGCCGGCGGCCUCAAGGACGGGGCCUCGCCCGCCCUCGGACAGUUCCCCCUCAACGGCGUGGCCGGAGGGUCCCGGCCGGCGUCGCCAGGACACGGCACCAACCUGCGGGCAGCCGGGCAGGAGUUCUGGGGCAACGGCACCGCCGGGCCCAUGGGGCUGAACUUUGACUCGCAGGAGCUCUACGACUCCUUCCACGAGCAGAGCUUUGAGCUGAUGCAGAACGGGCCUGACGGAUUCUAUGCUCCGGGUCAGUCCUCGCCCAUACUGAGCUCGGAGGCGCAGCCCUUCCCGCUGGCUCCGGACGAGCCGGACUCCGGCCAAGGAGACGCUAACGGCGCAGCCAAAGAGAUGCCCACCACCACCACCAUCACGGAGAACGGGGGUGGGCUGGUGGGCAGCCAGGAGCUGGAGGAGGCACAGCCAGACCUGAAGAUGUGCAGCUACAACGGGGCUGCAGCUCCUGGCACGGGGUCGCUGGGGCCGGAGGAGUCCGUCCUGGCACCCAGGGACAGCGGGUGCCUGGGGGACGCGUCGCCCAUCGCCCCGCGGCUGGAGGACACCCACAUCCUCAGCGAGGACACCCUGGAGCCCUUCGAGUCGCUGGCCAGAGACCCCGGCACUGGCGACCUGUACUCGAUGGACGACUCGCAGCUGGUGGGCGACAAGUCCUCCUUGGAGGAGCCCCCCGACCUGGGAGCCAGCCCCCCGCUCCACGCCGGCUCCUUCAGCCUGCUGCCCGCCAGCCCCUCGCCCGCCCCGCUGCUCGAUGGCCCCGGCUCGCCGCCCGCCCUGCACGGCGACAACGCCGAGCUGAAGAGCGGCGACCACGCGGGGCUGCGGGAGUCGGGGUCCCUGGAGCUCGACCCUCCGCUGGAGCCGGAGUCUCCGGCCCCGUCUGCGGAGGAGGAGGAGGAGGAGGAGGAGGAAGAAGAAGAAGAGGAGGAGGAGGAGGAAGAAGCCGCCGACAGCUGCCCGGAGACUUCGGCCGCGCCAGAAGGAGAGAGCGAGGAGCCGUCGCAGCUGAGUGCCUCGGGGGCAGGUGAUGCCCCUCGCCGGCGCAUCGCCACGCAGGAGGAGGUGCGCUUCCCGCUGCAGCACGGGUGGAGGCGGGAGGUUCGGAUCAAGAAGGGGAACCAUCGCUGGCAGGGCGAGACCUGGUACUACGGCCCCUGCGGGAAGAGGAUGAAGCAGUUCCCGGAGGUGAUCAAGUACCUGAGCAGGAACAUGGUGCAGGAUGUGCGGCGUGAGCACUUCAGCUUCAGCCCCCGCAUGCCCGUGGGAGACUUCUACGAGGAGAGGGACACGCCUGAGGGCGUGCAGUGGGUGAAGCUGAGCCCCGAGGAGAUCCCCGGACGCAUCCAGGCCAUCACGGGCAAGCGUGGCCGGCCCCGCAACGCCGAGAAAACCAAGCCCAAGGAGCCCCCGGCUGCCAAACGGGGCCGGGGCCGCCCUCCCAAGGUCAGGAUGGUGGAUUUGCUCAGCAAGACGGAUGCACGGCUGCUGAAGAGGCUGGAAGCACAAGAGGUGCUCAGCGAGGAGGACAAGUUGAAAAUGAGCAAGAUCAAGAAGAAAAUGAGGCGGAAGGCCAAGAACAAGCAGAAGCAGGAGGCCAAAGCCCCCAGGGGCAAGGAGGCCAAGAAGAAAUCCAAGGCCAAGGAGAAGAAGGGGAAGCCUGAGAAGGGCAAGGACAAGGCCCGGCCCAAGGAGAAGAAGGGCAACAAGGGGGCUCGGAAGGCGGACAAGGGGCUGCUGGCCCAGCGGCGCCUGGAGGAGCGGCAGAGGCAGCAGCUCAUCCUGGAGGAGAUGAAGAAACCCACGGAGGACAUGUGCCUGGGGGACCACCAGCCCCUUCCAGCCUUCUCCCGCAUCCCCGGGCUCGUCCUGCCCAGCCGCGCCUUCUCCGACUGCCUGACGGUGGUGGAGUUCCUGCAGAGCUACGGGAAGGUGCUGGGGCUGGAGCCAACACGGGAUGUGCCCACGCUGGGUGCGCUGCAGGAGGGGCUGCUGGGGGUGGCCCCUGGUGCGGGGCAGCUGCAGGACCUGUUGGUGAGGCUGCUGCAGGCAGCGCUCUGCGACCCCGGCCUGCCGCCCUACUGCCAGUCCCUGAAGAUCCUGGGGGAGAAAGUGUCGGAGAUCAGCCUGAACCGUGACACGGUGUCCGAGAUCCUGCGCUGCUUCCUGACGGCGCACGGGGCGGGCGCGGAGCUGUGCGAGGGGCUGCGCACCAAACCCUUCCAGGCGCUGCCCCCCGAGCGCAAAGCCGCCAUCCUCGUCUUCCUGGUCAACGAGCUCAACAGCAGCGCCCUCAUCAUCAGUGAGAUCGACAAGACCCUGGAGAGCAUGUCCACCUACAGGAAGAACAAGUGGAUCAUCGAGGGCCGGCUCCGCAGGCUGAAGGUGGCCCUGGCCAAGAAGACGGGCCGUCCUGAGUCAGAGAUUACGGGGCUGGAGGACGGCCGGCGCCGGCGCAGCUCCCGCCUGACCGAGGACGUGGGGCUGGAGAUGGAGGAGGAGGAGGAGACCCGAGGGCGGAAAUCCCGCCGGGAGGAGGAGGCUGACACGUCUGCGUCCAGCGUCCCGGAGCUGGAGCGGCAGAUCGAGAAGCUGGCCAAGAGGCAGAUGUUCUUCCGCAAGAAGCUGCUCCAUUCCUCCCAGACCCUGCGUGCAGCCUCCCUGGGCCAGGACCGGUUCCGGAGGCGCUACUGGGUCCUGCCCCACCUGGGUGGAAUCUUCGUGGAGGGCGCGGAGGCAGCUGAGCCAGAGGCUCAGGAGCCCCAGGAGGAGAAGGUGUCCCCACACGUGGCCCCGGUGAAGGAGGAGCCGGCGGCUGUGCCCGUCCCCAGCCGGACGAGCUGCCCGGCCUCGGCCUCGCGCGCCCGCGGGCGGCCCCGCAAGAGCAAAGAGGAGCUGGCACAGCACUGCGGACCCUGCCCCACGCCGGUGAACGGGGUCCUGGAGGAGCCAGAGUCGCUGGGGCAGAGCCAGCACGACCUCAGCCAGUCAGCCUUCCUGUCCUGGCUGAGCCAGACCCAGUCGUCCCUGCUCAAGGACUCUGUGCUCACCCCGGCCAGCAGCCCUGGCAAGGGGGACACGGGGCUCCCGCCCCCCGAGGCACCCUCAGACCCUAUGGAGGAGGAAGAGGAGGAGGAGGAAGAGGAGGAGAGAGCCCCAGAGGCCGUGGCAAAGCGGGGGCCUUGGUUUAACCUACUGCCCCGCACGCCCUGCGACGACCGAGCCCCCCUCGCUGCCUCCUCGGCCGAGCCCUCGCCGCGAGCCCCCGCAGCCCCCCGCAGCCAGAGCCGGGGGGAGCCCCCCAAGGGCUCGGCACGGCAGCUGAACGGCCUCCCUGCAGACGACCCCACAGCUCCCCUGCUCGCCUCCACGCCGGUGCACGCCGGCCCCAGGGCCCACGGCGCCUGCCCCCGCAGCCAGGGCAGCCUGGAAAAGCUCCAGGACGUGCCAGGACAGCCCAAACGCCGAGGGAGACCCCCCACCAAAUUCUUCAAGCAGAUGGAGCAGAAAUACCUGACGCAGCUGACGGAGCAGCCGGUGCCCAGCGAGAUGCAGAGCGGCUGGUGGUGGCUGCGGGACCCCGAGGAGCUGGAGGCCGUGACGCGGGCGCUGCACCCGCGAGGCAUCCGGGAGAAGGCGCUGCACAAGCACCUCACCAAGCACAAGGAGUUCCUGCGCGAGGUUUGCCUCCGGAGCACCACCGACCCCAUCUUCCACCCGGCUGCCGCGGUGUCUCACGAAGCCCUGGCACAGUGGUCAGUGCCCGACAGAGCCUACGAGACCGACCUGGGCGUCCUGCAGUGGGUGGAGGAGCUGGAGCAGCGCGUCCUCAUGGCCGACCUGCAGAUCAGGGGCUGGACGUGCCCCAGCCCGGACUCGACGCGGGAGGAUCUGCGGUACUGCGAGCACAAGGUGGAGCCCCUGGAGGACAUCACGGUGCGCAGCCGGCGGGACGGGGUCCCGCUGCGCCGGGAGCUCACCAACCCCCUGGACCUGGCCGUGCUGCGGCUGGCGGCGCUGGAGCAGAACCUGGAGCGCCGCUACCUCAAGGAGCCGCUGUGGCCUCUGCACGAGGUGGUGGUGGAGAAAGCGGUGCUGAGCGGCUCUGAGGAGCUGAGUCUGGGACCCACCGAAAUCUCCUACGAGAUCACGCCGCGGGUGCGGACGUGGCGGCAGACGCUGGAGCGCUGCCGCAGCGCGGCCCAGGUGUCCCUGUGCAUCUUCCAGCUGGAGAAAUCCAUCGCCUGGGAGAAAUCCGUCAACAGAGUGACCUGCCUGGUGUGCCGGCGAGGGGACGACGACGAGCACCUGCUGCUGUGCGACGGCUGCGACCGCGGCUGCCACCUCUACUGCCACCGGCCCCGCAUGACAGAGGUGCCCGAGGGUGACUGGUUCUGCUCCGUCUGCGUGGCCCGGGCAGGACAAUACCGGGACCCCAUCUCUCCCCGGCGAGGCAAGAAGCGGAAACGGGGCCGCGGGGUCCCGGGGAGCCCCGGCGAGGAGGAGCCGAGCCCGAGGCGCCGCCCGGCCCCGCGGCGCCGGGAGGGGCUGCCCGUGUCCCCCCGCUGCUCGGGGCAGCCCCUGGGACCCCCCCGGCGGAGGAGCUCAGCCCUGAGGGGCCAGCCCAGCGACCUGACCUUCUGCGAGAUCAUCCUGAUGGAGAUGGAGUCGCACGAGGACGCCUGGCCCUUCCUGGAGCCCGUGAACCCCCGGCUGGUCCCCGGCUACCGCAAGAUCAUCAAGAACCCCAUGGACUUCGGCACCAUGCGCACCAGGCUGCUGCGGGGCGGGUACUCGAGCUCGGCAGAAUUCGCCGCCGACGCCCUUUUGGUGUUCGACAACUGCCAGACCUUCAACGAGGACGACUCGGCCGUGGGCCGCGCCGGCCACGCCAUGCGCCGCUUCUUCCAGAGCCGCUGGGAGGAAUUUUAUCAGGGAAAACACGCUCCGAACCCGUGAGUGGGGGGCUUGUUCAUCCCCCCCCUCCCCACCCCGGGGCUGGGGGUGUCCCCACGCCCCCACGAACUGCCUCCUCUGGAGCUGCUCUCGCUGCCUGCUGAUCCCACACGGGGGUCUUGCCCCCUCCUCACCUUCACCCCCAAAAAAAUUUCUGGCAGCGUGAACGGGCCCCCCCCCUCCCACCCACCUCCAAAAUUUAAAAUUC